CGAAAAGCACCUCACAAAUUUUCAAUGCAAUAACCACCCCCGCAUUCGUACGCGAUAUUACUGCGCAGCAUACUUAGCCUAUGGCUUCGAACGACGACCUAGCGUUCAACACGACGCGUUGUAAUCGCCUGCUCCGCCCUUUACAAACCAAGCUUGCGAAGCUUCGCAAAGAGCUCGAACGACCGCGAAGCUCCCAAGAAGAUCGAAGAAGCUCGGCGACUGCAUUUGCGCUGAAGGCCUCGUCGCGGAAAACGAAUGUCACCCAACCCGCACGCAAGCCCCGUGGGCUCGAGAAAAGGAAAGAUCCAGACUGGAUGCCUGACACUGGGCUAGGUGCAAGCAAGAAGACAUAUGGGGGACGGGGAGCAAAGAAGCCCUUGUCGCGAACGAGCUCGAAUAGUGGAGUUGAUGCGCGCCCUGGUGCCAUUGCAUUCACGCCUCUGGUCGCACGCACUGGAGGCCGCUUCCAGGACAGCCCACAACUUCACGACUCGCCUCUACGGAGACGCAACAACUAUAAAGGCCCACUGCUUGCCAAGGCCAAUGUGCAUGAUCUCAAGACACAAAUGCCCGCCGAAAUUGGGAAGUUGGUCAAGGGCCUAUCCGAGUCGUAUGCGAACCUCCUCCAAGCGACGACUACGGGCGACGAAAAGAGGUGGAACGGCACGAGGUCACUAUUUGGCGCCUGCCUGCGUAAACUGCCACAAUACAUCGCCCUGGAAGAGCACUUCGUCGAGCUCGACAAGGAGGAUGAAAGCGGUGACGAGGACACAGACGUUUCUCAUGAAGUCUAUUCCUAUCUCGAGCAGAUGUAUGAGACAAUACCGGGUCAGGGCUGGCGUGGGUUCAAGCAAGUCGUACGAUCACAUGGCACCCAGCUUUUGUGCGACGCUUUGGGAGACCAGAUACUUGGCUCAGAGACUCUGCACCUCCUUGUAGUGCACUGUCUUAAUGCGUCCGCAUGGGAUGAGGCAGAGAAAUUCCUAGUAUCAUUUCUGCCGUGUUUGAAGCCUUUGCCCAUGCCGAACACGCUGUAUGCCAAUCUAUUCGACGAACAGCGUUCGCUCUACAUGUGGAUGGUGAAAGACUUUGUGGCGCGCACUGGCCGGUAUCGCUUCUUGUACGACCACCUGGAGUACAUGAUAUCACAAGAGCUUCUGCCUUUGGAAUGGCUAGCAACUGAGUGCAUGCGAUCAGUUUGGGACCGCUUGGUGCGCAGCCUGUCCGACGGUGAUCAGCGGAGUUAUGCAAGUGCGUUCCGCUUCUUGGAAACCGCCAUUUUUGCUGGUAUAGGGCUGCCAGAUGAGAGCCUAUUCGAAGCAGGUGAAAUCGACACAUUCGUGCGACAGUACAAGCCCUCCUCCAGGCAAGAGUUUCGGGAUGCAUUGGAUACGACUUAUUCCAGUUUGCUUACCGUGUUCUGCAGCAUAGUCCUCAUUAAUCAGUAUCGCGAAGAGCCUGUUGGCCAGGCCACAGUGAAGAGGGUUGUUUGGGCGCUGGACUCAAUCGUCAUCGACUUGCUCAAACGCAAAGACAUCCAGGAUGAUCUAGCGCUUCUCGGUCCGCUUGAAGAUCAUCUGCAACUAUUCGCUCAACGUGCAGUGUGGGCUGUCUUUGCCUCUUUCCUUGUUCAUCUGGAGGGCUGCCAACAAGACUCGAAACUGAUGUCACUCGAUGUUUGCACAGCGGGAAGUGCCAUUGCCUGGAUUAUCUCUCAAUAUUCUUCCAAGCAUAUUGAGUAUUCAGAACUGCUAAGCACUCUGCCCGCAUUCGUGUCAGCUGCGGCGCGCGGCACUGGCAGGAUUUGGAAAGACGAUGGCUUCGAACAGAUUCAGCGACUUGUGCAGGGCAUGCUCUCGGUCUCCGGCCUGCGUCUUCCGCAUAAGCUGUGGACGAUGAAAAGGCUGGCGCUCGAGUCGGUUAUGGAUUUUGCCCAGAACACCAAUGAAGCCCAACACAUGGCAUACGCACGCGAUGUGGAACAGUCAAUGCGUAUGAAGGGCCAUGUAGUCAUUGCUCCGACACCUCAUAAGAACGACUCCCCGUCUGCCGUCGGUGGGUUCAGAUGGGAGGAAGGCAUCGGAGAGUGGGUGACGUGCACGCCGUUCACCAAAGAGAGCAUUAAGCGUGUCUCGCGGAAACCGGUGCCUGCGUUGCAGCUGCUUCCAAGUCCUGACCCAUCCGAUCUCGACGAUACCGACGAUGGCACAGCGGCAGGUCCAGCCUCGACCCCCUCCAACAAGCUAUCCAUGUGGGAAGCUCUGGCCGACGACGAAGAUGCAGAAGAUCACAUUCUGCAAUCGUCUCCAAUAAAGACUACCACUCGACGCUCUACUUUCGUCGGAAAGCGCACUCGUGCGUCGUUGCCCAAGGUGGUCAUUCCUGUCAAACGCACCACAAUGACGCCACCUGAUACUCCUGUCCUCUUCUUCUCGGAAGAAGACUUGGAGGCACUAAACGAUGGACCCCGCAGAUCCAAACGAGCGAAAAGACAAGGCUACCUUUCUGCUUCCACAAAUCGUCCUCAGCGCUUACGCUCCUCGCUCGAUGAAGGUCUCCGGAAUCUCAAGCGGAGGGCCUACGGAGAGUCCAAGAACAUUGACAAAGAUCUGGUUGAAAGCAGCGAGAGCGAGGAGGAAUCCGAUCCGAAUCGUUCAGUCUCAAACUCACGUUCAUCGGGUGUAAGCCGACAGCCUGAACUACGAGCCGUACGCUCGAUGCCCUCGCUAGGCAAGCGGAAGCGGGAAUUUCCAGGCAAGGACAACGAUGGUGUUGAAAAACAACCAAGCAAGAUGCCCACCUUGAACAGGCGGAGAAGCAGGAGACGAACCGUCAAAGGGGUGAAGGAGUGGUGGAAGGUUGACGACGGUGUGGUCAGUACCGAAGGCAGUGAUGACGAGCUGGCCCAUUGAAUACGAUGGACCAUUGCCUCGUUGUUGUUAUUGUUAUUGUUCUUGUCGUUGUUGUUGUCGCUGCCGCUCUGCGUCCAGCUGUGGCGAUACAUCCGGCGUUUCGAUAUUAAUUUCGGGGCUGUAGUUUGCUGCGAAGAUACCCUAUCUGUUGACCGAAUGUAUAUUUUGAUUGUGUUCGCAAACCCAGUCGCCUGAAUCGACUAGGUGACUGCUUCUUCGCAUUUUACCCUGACCUUGAAGAUCGAAGCCCGCUGUCACUUCUGGCGUUGUCUGCUGGACGUAAUGCUGAUCGGGGACACAUACUCCCGAACUCGGUCCUAUACUCCAAACAACGAGUAUGGCCACUGGAAAAUGCUUACACUCCAAGAACGAGGAAUCGAGUCUUCGAGAAUGAAGAGGUGCAGAAGGGAUCGAUUUCAAAACUUCCAUCCAACAAGCUCCACCCACAUAGACCUGACUCAACCACCCCAGCG